AUGCGUACGGCACAAGAGUACAACAUGGGCAUGCUGGACGCUAUACUGGCGCGGAAAAUCCGACUGAUCGACUACGAGCGCAUGACCAACGACAGGGGUGAGAGGAUUGUCAAGUUCGGCCGUUUCGCGGGGGUGGCGGGGAUGAUGGAUGUCCUGAAUGGACUGGGCAACAAGCUACUAGGCUUGGCGCGCAACUACCCUGAUCUUGGGUCAUUGCGCGGGGCGGUGCGAGCUUUGGGUAACGAGAUUGCGAAGAACGGUGUACCUGCGCCUAUGAUGCCGUUUGUGUGCGUGUUCACCGGAAACGGUGCCGUGUCCAAGGGAGCGCAGGAAGUGUUCAACGAACUACCACACAGAUAUGUCUCGAUGGAGGAGAUGCAGUUCCUGGUCGAGAGCGGCCGGGCCGAUCGCAGAAUAGCGUACGGCGUUGUAGCUGAGCCACGCGACUAUAUGAAGAAUACGAAGUAUCCGAGGUAA